GCAACGGUCAUGGAGGUGGAGGCCACCAGACCGGCGGAGGGCCAACUGGGCGUAGUCGGGGGACUGGCGGCCGUGCUGGCUACCACCCCCUGGGUGGCUCGGGCGACCCCCUCAAGGGCACGAGGCAAUGGCAACGCAAGUCUCGCCGCGACCUGUGCCAUUAUAAUCUGGCGAACUUCGCGGUUUCAGUGCCUGUUCGGCUACUGCCGCCGUGAUUCACGACUGUCCAGCCGCAGUAGCAGCAGUAGCAGCAGCAGCAGCAGCAACAACUGUGACUCGCAACCGCCUGACGUACAGCAGAUCCCGAGGAUGCAGAACAAUCCCAGUCCACAGCUGCCCUGCAAGGGCAUCCUCAAGACCUCGCGCAGUUUCGACAAGUCGGGAGCCAGUUUUCGCAAAAGUGCCAAGUUCGAUGAGCUGAACGUGUUGCAGACCUUCCAUCCGACCGACAAGGACUACGGACAUAUGAAAAUCGAUGAGCCCAAAACGCCGUACAACUAUACGGAGACCUACGAGGAUAACAGGGACGAAUUGGACACGGAGCUGCUGGUGGAGAAACUCCGCAUAGCGGCCAACACACAGCAGUCGACGGAGAGCAUCGAGGAUGAGGGCUCUUCCGGCGACGACCAGCCACUGAGCGAGGAGGAGCGACAACGACGGCGGGAAUUUGAGCGACGUCGCAAGGCCCACUACCGCGAGUUCGAGGCCGUCAAGCUGGCAAGGAAACUGAUCCAGGAGGAGGACGACGACGACGAGGACGAUGAGAAGGGCGCGGAUAGCCGGCCCUCGGGCUCGGCACAAGGCGCUUCCACUUCCGGCCGCUUUGCGAGCAGUUCUGCGAAAAAGUCGAGCUCGAAUGCCGACUCAGCCACAUCUCCGUCUACCAGCGCCGGCCACAAUAUGGACCUGGAGCCAUCAAACAACUAGAAGCAAUAUCAACCCAUCAAUCAAUCACUAAUGUUUACCUAGCGGACAAUGGACGAUUCUGAAGGCAGCUCAUCCAAACAAUGAACUAACGAGAAGUGGAUGCUGAUUAGCGAUUAGUGGCGAGGGGCACUCGUGAUUAAUGAAAUUUACCCAACUUAACACGAAAAACAAACCGUCGCCAAGGGAAUUCGUCAUCGAGUAGUGCGCACAGCCGUUAAGCCAAGGCAUUACUUGUUGCAAAUUGAUUUCACAACACACACACUGUGCAUCUGGUCGGAGAAUCUGAUUUUGCGACCCAAAAUAUAACUAUCGUAUGCGUCUCAGCCGUAGCGUACUGUUGCAAAUGUAGUUAAAAAUGUCUUUUAAAUUGAUAUCGCUACGGAUACCCGUUGAAUUUUAGUCCAAGUCUCCCGUUCGCAGCUCCAUUUGCAUUUUAAUUGAUUGGAUGCCCAGUGCCACAUCGGGUAUAACUUGUUGUAACUAGCGUUGAAGUUGAUUUGGCCUUACUUUUAGUUAUUUAUUAAUGCGAUACUAUUAUGAUUACUAUUAAGUUUAAGCCAUCGAAUGCGAACGUUUCAAUAAAGAGAGCCCGAAACCCAGUUGAAAA